AUGCCCAACCCCCUCAAGGCAAUACAUGCAAGUUUCAACCUCCUGACCUGGGCGCUGGACCACGACCAGGUCCCAAAUGAUAUCCGUCGCAGCCUCGAGCUCGUUCGAACAUGCGACUCAGAUCUUCAGCAUCUCAUAGAAUUAUGUCAAGAAUGUCUCCAUCUUCUGCAGCGCCGCCCAAAGGUUCUUGACCGGGUACACAACAUUAUCGAAUCAGCUCAAAGAGGACUUCAAGAAGUCUGCGAGAUCGUCGAGAGGUGUCGCCCUGAGGCUGACAGAGGUGGAAAGACUACCUUUUCGAAACGCAUGGCGUGGGUGCUUGUUGAUGCGAGCGAGUUCAAGAGUCAGGAGCCUAUUGUUAGUCGACAUCAUGCCGCUGUGUUGGCUGAGUUGAACUUUUUGAGACAAAUAGCUCUGUUGGCUCCUGUUCCUGAACCUGUGAGAGUCAAGGAGAAGUGUGGUGUAAGAGAUGAUACCGCAGUGUUUGAUAAUGUCGCACUGCUAGGGGAUCUCCUUGGUGAUAUGACGGGCAAGUCGAACAUCCCCGGCAUAUAUACUCAUCGAUACAAUGAUCUAACAAUAUAUUUCACUGUAGCUCCUACCAGGAAAUCACCAAUUGUUCAGUCUCCAACCAUAGUCUUCAACACAAACGCCGGAUCGACUACGCCAACGACGCCAUCUUCGCUCCAAGUACCCCAGUCUCUUCAUAGAUCAACGAGUUCGCAGACGAUGCAUAUAGAGCAUGCGCCUGGAUCACUACCUGAACUUGUUCCAGUCAACAUGAACAGCACAACUCUACCUCAGUCUUUCACUUCAAGUGCCACUUACGAUAGUGAAGCCCUCGCGGGAUUGAGUCUGCUUCUAGGAGACCCCUUAGACUGGAGAGACUCACCGCCUCUGGCGCCAGCCAACAAUAGUCCAUUGAACCGACCAGUGACAGCUCCAUCUCAUAGGCAGCCUGCCCACUUCAUUCAUAAUGGUUCUGAUCAACAUCUUUCACUUCAAAGCUCCUAUGAUAGUGUCUCUGAUCUGAGCCAAGCUAGCCAGCGAGAAAGCCUCAACUACACUCCUUCACGUCUAUCGUCAAACAUCUCAAGCCCUUGUUAUCAGCAACAUUCACUUUCAAUACCUCCAGCAGCCACACGGCCAACGUCUCAGCUCCAUCAUAUGCCGUCUGGCCACUAUCCGGGGCAGCUCAGGUGGUCAAAUUCGUCUUCUACAACAAUAUCUUCCAUCUCGUCGGGUUUGACAAGACCUGAAUACAGCUAUAUACCGCCAAUUGCUGAGCUUGACCGUUCUCCACACCAUAUGGUCCCCAUCGUUGGUGCAUUGAGCCAUCUAAAUCGACCCAACGAGGUGCCGUUGGACCAGAAACUCGCUAUCCAAAUCAACACAACACCUGUCGAGCUUCCAGCAGAGGAUAGCCUACCCAUGAACAUAAACCCAUACUGCCAGGCUUUCCGUCAGGGGUCUAGCAGAAGAGGGCGAGCCAUUAGUCAACCAACAUCAACAUUACAACAGCAAAUAACGAGGAAGCCAACUCUUAGCCAGGUAAAUGAAGUGAUGAAGGAUUAUAAUAAUGUACCAAAAGAUUGUGCAACAUGGUAG